UUUUUUUUUUGUCAACUAGCAUUUUUUUUUUUAAUAUAUAAAUAUUCAUAUAUAAAUAUAUCUAUAUUCUAAUCUCUCCCCACUCUUCACAAUGUCUUUAACACUCAAGUCCUUUGUUCAAAACUCUAAAUUUCUUUCAAGUUUGUUGAAACCUGUUUCAAAGGUAUAUGCUGGUGCUGCUGGUUAUAGACAAAUUGGUCUUCGUUAUGAUGAUUUAAUUUCUGAAGAAAGCGAUCUUGUUCAAGAAGCUCUUCGUCGUUUUGCAAUUGCCGAACCUCGUGAAGCUUAUGAUCGUGCUUAUCGUAUUCGUGUUGCUCAACAAUGCUCUUUAACACAUCAACUUUUACCUAAGAGUCAAUGGGUUACUCCUGAAAAGGAUAUUAGAUAUCUUCAGCCUUAUAUUGAUGAAGUUGCUGCUGAGCUUGCUGAACGUGAUGUAUUUGAUAACAUCAAAGUUCCUGCUCGCCAUUAGAUCAUUUUCGAAUCAAAAAAAAAAAAUUAUUUAUAAACAGUAUACAAAUACAUUUUUAUAUAUUCCUAUAUUUAUAUUUAUAUUUAUAUAUUUCCUAUAUGCAUAUAUAUUUAUAUAUGACUAUUAAAAAAAAAAAGAAGAUAUAACAGACCGUACAUUCAUUCAAGCAACAGGCGAUUAUUUUUUGAAAUGGAUUUUUUUUUUUGAGUUUAUAUAAAGGGAAUAAUAAUAGGAUAUGUUUCAGCCAGCAUGAAUAGCAUAGUUUUAGUCAAUAAUCAGCCAUAACAUAAAUCAACUAUCCGUUUUGAUAAUGAAUGAGGUAUAUCAUCAUCUUUCUAGUGGGAGUAAUACACUAAUCAGAAACGAAUCUCUUGAAUACAAAUUAAGCUAAAAAAAAAAAAUCAGAUAAAAAAGAAUAUAUAGACAAUCAUCAUGUGAACUUCAAAGCCAG